AUAAAAGAAGAAGAGGAGGAGGAGGAGGUGAAGAAAGAGAAGGGGUAGAGGAGGGUGCUGGUGAAGGAAAUAGCAACCACAGUAAUCAAAACAACAACAGCAACAACAACAAUAACAAUAACAGCAAUAAUAACAGCAACAGCAACAAUAGUAACAACAGCAAUAGCAGAAGCAACAGAGAACAACAACAACAACAACUACAAUCAAUGCAUCAUCUACAACAGGAUCAAAGUAAUUUAUCGAGAACACCCCCACCAAGAUCAACUUACACCAAUUAUUAUCCCGAAAGUGGAAUUAGGAACGAUAAUAGUUAUAUGAAGAGAGGUGGUGGUGGUGGUGGUGUUGGUAGCUACACUAUUAAUUAUUUUAAGAAACCAUUUGGUUGUCCAAAAUGUGGUAGAUGUUUCACCGUAAAGGGUAACAUGACGAGACAUUUGAAAUACGAAUGCGGCCAGGCACCACGUUUCCAGUGUCCAUAUUGUGAAUUUCGUAGCAAACAAACAUCUAACGUUAAGUCCCAUAUCAGGACAAAACAUGCAGAUAAAACCGCAUACGUAUUGGAUCUUCAAUACGAGAAUUAAAUUGAUAAUCUAUAAACGUAAAUUAUAUGUAAUAUUAUGUAUAUGUUAAGCGAUAGGU